AACCACGGUGAGUAGAGUAUACGUCUGAUACGUCUCAAAUUGAGUUUUUUUUUCUGGUUGUGGGAUAAUGAUGAGUUAGAAUUAUAAGUGAUCUACUUAUUUUGUUUCAAUUGGUCAUGCCUCGGCUUUGCUUUGUCAUUUGCGGAAUAUAUAAUACUCAGGGUACAGUUUUCAGCUCGUUGCGGGACAGCUCGUACACGGAGGAGGUGGCCGAGGACUCGGAGGGCGUCGCCGGCGCAGCCGCCGCGCAAACUGAGCUCGCAGCGCUCCGAGCUGUCAAAACUCCGAGCUGGAGGAGGCCCCUGCAGAGGAGCCGCUGCCGAAGGUACCGGCCGCUGCUGAUGACCCGAGCAGGCGUCCCCGACGACGAGCAGGACGAACGGCAGGUGGCGCCGCUGGAGGAGCACCACGUCAACGAGUCCUUCAUGCGAUAUGGAGCCCAGGCAGCUCCAAGAGGAGGUUAUCCAGAUGAAAGAACAGAUGGCACUUCUGAAGGAGGAAAUGACACAUCGCCAUCAAGAGGACAUUGUCCGUUUGGAUGGGGAACUGACCACUCUGAAGAAAAACUGCGACCACCUGAGUGAACAAGUGGUCGGACUGGAGGGAGAAGUGGCCACACUGAAGGGAAACAACGCCACACUGAAGGGAGACAGCGCCGCACUGAAGAGAGACAACGCCACACUGCAGGGAGACAACGCCACACUGCGUCAGGAGGUGGUCCAUCUACGUGAAGAGGUGGUCCGCCUGCGGCAGGCUGUGCUCGAGGAGCGCACCACUCGCCAGGUCGUCGUGGAGGAGCUGCGGCAGGAGGUCCGCCGGCGAGCGGCGCCAUCCGACCGUUCGCAGAGUGACGGCGAGGAGGUGGCUUCACCGAAGGGCGACACUUGUGACAAGUGUGGCGCCAUCAGCACAUGUGACGUCAUAACCCAAGCUGAGGAGGAGGCGGGACUGGCGGGCGGCGACGUGCGAGAGGCUGCACCGCGAUGGGCUUCUGCCAUUUGCCUCUUGGACCACGAGCUGUUGAAGAUGGUGCUGAGCAAGAUGGGCUGCUGGGAGAUGUUCCGCGCCAGGCGGGUCUGCCGUCGGUGGCGGUCCGCCGUCGACGAUAUCGUCGGCGACUGUCGGCGGGAGCUAACCGAUCAGAAAACCCGCGGUGGAAAAGUCCCUGCGCCGGCCACGAGCCUACAGCUCGCAUUGAAGGUGCAGGACCAGCCGAAGAUGACCGAACUGCAGGCGCCGACCGCUGAGACGGACACCGACCUCCGACUGGUCGCGGCCACCUGCCACGCCCUGCAGAAGGUUAACCUGCGCGGCUUCAAGCUGAGAGUCUCUGCCCUGCGUCGGCUGGCUCGUGCCAACGCCUCCAGUCUGCGUGAGCUAACGCUGCCAGCCGGCAUCAGCGACUGGCAGCUGGAGGCGCUGCUGGAGCCGCUGAAGGCUCUGGAGCGUCUCGAUGUGAGCCCACCCGUGGACAGCUCCGGCAAGUGGCUGCGGCUGCUGCCCAAGUCGCUGAAGAGACUGGACAUCACUGGAUCCGGGAUGACUGAAACGCCGGUGUAUCACCCCCGAUGGCCGACGUCUGGACUGGAUGUCGGUAUCAAACAAGGCACGGACACACUCCUGGAGCAGCUGGCUGUCCUGGCGACCCGCACAGUCACAGGACUGGCAAUAAUUGAGUCACUGUCCGUGACAACGGAGGCGACAGGACGCCUCCUGGCUGCCCUCACCAGCUUGAAGGACGUCGGUGUCGGAUCCGGCGUCAUUUGCGGCACUGUGCUGUCCGCCCUCCACGGCUGCUCCCAGCUGGAUACACUGGAUCUUCAAGACACCCGGUCCCUCACGGACAUCCCUGCCCUGACCCAGUCAGAGGUGGCAGCGGUCUGCAGGAUGGCAGUGACAUGCAGGAAACUGAAGAACCUGUACCUAACCUCCUCACUCGAAAACCGCCAGGCCGUCCUGACUGCCCUGCACGAGACAGACCUAGGAUGUAACAGUGGCCAGGCCCGUACCAUCAAUUUCAAUGUCUCCAAGUCUUUUUUGGACAAGCGUACUGAGUCUGAGCCUCACAAUGACAGCUUUGAUGACUUCUUCGAGUAGCCUCCCGGUGCCCCGUCCGCUUCGGUGCCGGCGGCAGUGUCGGAACUCGACAACAGAUGGCAGCACCGUGUUCCGUCGGCAGCGCUGUGCUGUACACAAUGCACGUCUAGACCUUCAUAUCCAGAAGUGCUUCGAGCCGCCCUGUCCCAUCGGCUCAGGUCCGUGGGUACUUUACCGCCGUGCCAGGCUGGUUUGGGUUGAGUGGCCACCUAAAUGCUUGAUCAUUUGAGCACAGAUUGCUACGUUUGUUGACACUGUUUUGAUAGACUGUAGUUAUAUUCAGUAUCCGAGAUUUAUCACGCUCCAGGCCACUGUCCAGCCGUCGGUAAACCGUUGUCACCGUGCCGGAGGUACCGCCGUGGUGACGUCACGUGUGUUGUGACGUGACGUCACGCUGGCUCACACCGCUGUGCUGUUGUGUUGUAGUUUCAGUCAGACCAGAGAGUGGUUGUAGCUAGCUGUGAGGGUGUCCGGUCCAGGCGAUAUCAGACCUCGCCCGUCACUGUGUCGGACCGUCGGUGGUCCGGUCGGCUGUGGUUGGUUUGGACCGGAUAUGUCCGGUUCGGUGUCGCUCAUGGGAUAUCACGGGCUGAUGGCGAUUGAAAUACAUGAUUAGAAAGUAGAUUAGCUCAGUAAGGUUCUACAAUAGACCGUGUUUAAACCUCUUGUCAGUGUAUGAGAGGCUUAGGACGAGGUGUUGAAUACACAACUUUUACAGAAAUGGCACUCGCAAA